AUGGCGGAUUCGGCGGUAUCCUCUGCCUCGGAGAGGACGCCGAUUAAGUCGGGCACAACUGUCAGAUACGAUACGAAACCUGCGGAGGUUGUGAAUGGACCGAGACCGGCGGAUGGGAUUACAGGCCUAUACGAAGGAAAUGUCUUUGAAGCGUCACCUGAGAAUCGUCGGCAGCUGGGUGUUUUCAGCGCAACGCUACUCAUCUUCAACCGUGUCAUUGGGACUGGCAUCUUUGCGACACCGGGGACUAUCCUAUCUCUUUCCGGCAGUGUUGGUCUCUCACUAUUCAUGUGGGUGAUUGGCACGUUUAUUGCCAUGGCUGGUACUGCAGUCUAUAUGGAAUGGGGCACGGCGAUUCCCAAAAAUGGCGGUGAGAAGAACUACCUUGAAUACGUUUACCAAAAACCCAAAUUCCUGGCCACGGCCAUGUUCGCUGCUUACGCCGUCCUCCUGGGCUGGGCUGCCAGCAACAGCGUGGUAUUUGGCCAGUAUAUCCUCAACGCUGCCGAAAUCGAGGUCGAUCGAUGGAAUCAACGUGGUAUCGGCUUGGCCUGUCUUUCUGCUGCAUUCCUUGUACACUCGAUCGCUCUCAAGUGGGGAAUUCGUCUGCAGAAUUUACUCGGCAUUAUCAAACUGAUUAUCAUUUUGUUUAUCGUCGUGACGGGCUGGGUCGCUCUGGCUGGACACACCAAGGCCGAGACGCCGCAUAACUUCCAGAAUGCUUUUGAGGGAACCAAAGGCAGUGGGUACAGCAUUGUGAUGGCGCUGUAUAAUGUCAUUUGGUCCUUUAUUGGAUAUUCGAAUGCGAAUUAUGCUCUGAGCGAGACGAAGAAUCCUGUUCGCACGCUGAAAAUCGCGGCACCGCUUGCAAUCGGCUCUGUCGGAAUCCUCUACAUGUUUGUCAAUAUUGCCUACUUUGCCGCGGUCUCAAAGGAGGAUAUGUUGGAAUCGGGUAGUGUGGUUGCUGCCGUGUUCUUUGGAAAUAUGUUUGGCAAGCAAGCCGAAAAGGUCAUGUCGGUCUUUGUGGCUCUAUCGGCCUUUGGCAAUGUUUUGUCGGUGCUGUUCUCGCAAGGUCGAAUUGUCCAAGAACUCGGUCGAGAGGGUGUUUUGCCCUUCUCCAAGUUUUUCGCCAGCAAUUGGCCAUUCCAUUCACCAGCUGCCGGCUUACUCGAGCACUACAUUGUGUCAGCAAUUAUUCUGCUGGCUCCUCCCCCGGGCGAUGCAUACAACUUCCUUCUCAAUCUCAUUUCAUACCCGCUCUCGAUCAUCAACGUCUUCGUUUCGGGUGGACUGAUCUAUAUCUACCUGAACAGGAGCACCAAGUAUCCCAACUGGAACCCUGGGAUCCGUGCGACACUCCCAGUGACUAUUUUCUUCCUGUUGUCGAAUAUUUACCUGGUCAUCGCUCCCUACGUGCCUCCCGACGCAGGCCAGAAUGUUUACGAGCAGCUACCAUACUACCUGCAUUGCGUCGUUGCUCUAGGCUUAUUUGCGUGCGGAGCUUUGUAUUAUAUCGUCUGGGCGAUACUACUCCCCCGAUGGGGUGGCUAUGUCCUUGUGAAAGAGUCGGUGGUGGAUGCCGAUGGAUGGUCGCGUAGCGUGUUUACGCGGAUCCCCAAGGCUUCCGCAGAGCGUGGCUAG